AACCCAAAAUCUCUUUUCUUUCUUCAUUUCCAACUCUUCCUUUUUCCUUCCCUUCCCCCUCUCCAUCUGUCUACGCACCCCGUGGUGAGAUCUCAAACACAUGCCCUAAUACAUACGUAUAAUUAAUUACUAAGACAGAGAUAGAUGGGGUGUGCCAACUCCAAGUUGGGUCGUGAAGGAUCAACUGAGGUGAUGCCUUCAAGACUGGGGCCCAUCCUUCGUAACCGGCUCGAGAACAUAAGGAGGAGGCGAAGAGUGGCAGAUGCCAUGACUCUCAAAGAGUCCACCCUCUCCACCAAAGAGCUCCUCGAGGACGCUGCAGCUCCUGAUUCCUCUGAGGAUACCUCUUCUCGCCGUUCUACUUCCAAGCCAGACCGUGAGGACGAGGAUCACCGGCACAGCCUCCCCUUUUUCCCCUGUAACGAUCGCAUUCCUCCCGAGGAAAAGGAACUAAAGGAGAAGGGCCGGGAUGAGGAAGGAGGGAGAGGGACUCAUCAGCCUAAGGAAUGCACGAUGAAGAGCGAAGAUAUAGAUGAUGAAAGGAAAAUGCAGAAACUGAGAGAGGAGAAGAUGAUUGAGGCCGUGACCGCAGCUAUUGAACAGGUUGCCAUGCAGGAGGUGAUCAAUGAAGAGGAUCGGGAGAAACUCGACGAGAAUGAUGAGCACAAGGAUGAUGACAACGAUGAAAGUAAAAUGCGAAUUCCUAGCAAAUCUGAUGAUUACAUCUGCCCAGGUUCCCCCAGUUUCCGAGUGUAUUGCGUGGCAUCUGUAUCAGCCGACGACUCUGAUAACGACACCGAUGAAUGCGGAGAUAUUAAUGAUGCCCCAAAAAUUACAUCCAAGAGCGAAGACAGCAGCGAAAUACGUGAAUCUGUUAAUUCAAACGAGGGUCAUGACUCGGUGACUAACAAAAGUGAGAGUCACGGGAGCAAAGGAAAACGUCCGAAGGGAUUGAGGAAAGUGAUCGGGAAGAAAAGAUCGGGGGCCAUGAAGAAUCUGUUAAAUGUCAAGUCGUGCUAUUAUCCCUCAUGCUCAGGGCAAGAUCGCACUCGGCUCCUCUCUGAGAAGGCAGCUGAUUCAUAGAACCAUGAGGAAUUAAGAAAAAGGAUCUUUAGUUUCCCUUUUCCGUUUGAUGUAACUAUCAUGUGCUUAGGUCAUCUUUUUCGACAGUCGACUGAUGGAUCUAUGUUACGUACCCAGCGAGUGGGGCAUAUGCCACUAGCUAGGAAAUCGCAUCUUACUUUUGCAGAGCCACUCCUCGUCUAUGAUAGACUGGAAAGAUAUCCGACAGCAGCACUCGUCACCAGUAUGUCCAAGGAGCGAAAAGUUUCUUACCUCUACCUGCUUUGUUAAUUAGAGGGCCGUGUAAUUUUCUGCAAUUAAAUACUUGUUAGAUUUCGGUGAGGAAAUCACAUCCAUUUUAUAUUUCCAGAAUAUUUCUUUCGCUUCA